AUGUGCCAUAGACGCAGACCGGACUACAAUGGCAAUUGCUAUCUGGGCAUUGACUUGGGGGAGCAAUAUUUCUCCGCUGUCGUGUUGGAUGCGAAAAUGCAAGUGAAAUUCUCAGCUCGAGUCAACUAUGACACGGAUUUGCCUGAAUAUAAUACACAGAGAGGUAUCAUUCAAGGUUCUUCAAUCGAUGAGUUCUUCGCCAAUCCAGUGAUGUGGGUAAAGGCCUUGGAUAUAUUGCUUAAUUGUCUCAGUACACAGGGUGCCGAUCUUCAUUCGAUAGCUGCAAUUGGGGGAUCAGCGCAACAGCAUGGCUCUGUCUUCUGGUCGGACUUGGGUUUUCGACGCUUGUGUGGCAUUAAUCCCAUCCUACGUUUACAUGAACAGUUGACAGACACGUGUUUUGAGCUGAACCCAACUCCAGUGGGGGCUGACAACUCGGCGACCCGGGAGUGCUUUCAAAUGCAGAAAGAUGUGGGUGGGCAGAACGAAAUGAAAAGUAUAACGGGCUCGAAGGCGUAUCCCAGCUUUGUGGGUCCACAAAUACGUAAAGUUUUCGAAACGUGCACCGAGCACUACGAACGGACGACGCGUGUGGCACAAGCCUAUUGGAUUUGCAUAGUAAAACGUGGUCGGAAAAGUGUCUUAAUGCAUGUGCUCCGAAUCUGGCACAACGUCUGA